AUGUCGGAUCCACUCUCUGUAGCGGCCUCGGUGGCAGGGCUAUUGACGGCAGCUCAGAUGACUUCAGCUGCGAUAUCGAAGUUAGUCUCGACCAAGAAGAGCGGGUCUAGUGAGAUAAACGAUAUCAAGACAACAGUCGAUACCCUUCGACCCGUUGUGCAGCAAGUACAGUUACUGCUCCUCAAUCAGGCGAAAAUCCAUCCAGAACGAGCCGCCAUGAUCUUGUUCGAAGAAAUUGCGUUGACUUUAACAGAAUUGGUGAGAGUAUUCUCGGAUCUGAAAAAAUGUAUCGAGGGAUUGGAUGCAGAUCAAAAGCUUGGCUGGCUGGAUAGUGUAAGGUGGUUAUCCAAAGCAGAUGAGCUGAAAGGAUACUUGCAAAGGCUUGAGAAGGGCAAAUCAUCGUUGAUAUUGAUGAUAAGCAUUGUAACGACCAAAUCUACAUUUGCUGCUGAAACCGCUGUCGGGGAGCUGAGAACCAUGUGGGUACAGAGUAAUCAGGAGAUGUCAGAAAGAAUGGCGAGGAUGGAGAAAAUGAUGGCGCGAUCUGUUCUGGUUGGCGGCAACGACUCGGGUUCUAUAUUCAGCAAGGACAUCGUUAGCGAUGCCACAGUCGUGGCGUCUACCAAUCCUACUAUACAUCCGGCUCUAGGCUUCUCGUUCGAUGACGACCUUCAGACCUCAUGGGUCUAUAAGAGGGCUAAAGCCCAUGCAACACGGCCCUUCUCGAUAGCUUCAUCAACUCAACUGACGCAGUCCUGGUCGAUUCUUUCUGCACUAAGCCUAUCGCAAAUUUCAAACAUUGCUGUUCAAGCACUCCCUAUCUUCGAAUCGGAUCUUCACAACAGCAACCUAUAUUCAUUCGGAGAUGCCGAAAUGGAUGGCUUGCUCGCAAGUUCUCCCUCGAAUAUGCAGAAGCACAAAAGAAGUACCUCCGAGGGAUGGAGAUCUCAGAUCCGGUCCAGACUGACACAAUCCGGGCCCAAAUUGACGCUUACUACUCAAGCGGGCAGCAAUGUGGAGACAAUUACCCUCCCCAGAGGACUUCGAUUGCUGGGUAGAAGUCCGACUGUCAGUAGUAGGAAACCUCUGAGGAAGGCAGAUAUCUCGGAGCCGAUCUUGCUUUCUUCGUCCGCUUAUGAAGGAGUCCUUACACAAACUAGUUCGAAGGCUCAGCCGCUAGAGCUAGUUGUCACAGCACCCGCGGCCGAUGUAACAUUAGAGGGAAACAACGAACAAGUACCGCAGAUCCACAUUGCAAGCGAUGCAGGUUCAGUUACUCCAGCAGAUACGACUGACACAGAUAAUGACUCGUACGUCGAGACGGGAUCCAAUGUAGCAAAAGAUGCGCCCAAGCUCGAAGUCGACAUUGGAGAAAAGUGGACACCACCAAACUUAGACAUGUUGGAGUUCCAGAUGGACGACUUGAAAUCUCGGACAUUCGAGGACCGUCGAAACCAUCACAAGACCCGUUGGCAGCCACCACUCGACCCAUUCUAUCCAAACCCAUCUUCGUCUGCGAUGCCCAUGGAUGACGAAGUAGAUGGUGAUAUUGACACUGGUAUCCCUGAAUACAACGUUCUCUAUAUAGCUGCAAGUCUCUUCCAGUUCAAUAUACGCAACCACAUGGAAGCCGGGUGGCCAUAUCUUUCGUAUCAAGCUGGUGAGAUCUUUGACGUUGUUGCUGAGAAGGGUGAACUUUGGCUAGCAAAAAGUCAAGACGAUCCUUCGAAUCAAGUAGGCUGGAUAUGGAGCAAGCACUUUGUUCCGCUGGCCAGAGACGACGUUGAAGACGGCAAGAAGCAGAUUGUGCCUUCAAAAUCAAAGUCUCGGAUACCUCGAAAGAUAAAAUCCAGAGACUCCAGGGCUAGUUCCGAUUCUGGGUUUGAUUUUGGGUUCAGAUAG